ACUGCCUUAUCAGUGCCCGUAUAGUGUCACGCGUGCCAGGCCUUGUCCUGACUGACCCCUGCCAGUACCGUGGCAGUACGUGCCCUGACUCCCGAUGGCCGCCUCAGUGUCGUGUCGGGGAGUGCUGCUCCUGCUGCUCGCCUGAUACUGCCGUGACAGUGCCGUCCCUGGCUCAGGCGCGUGGCUCAGUCCGGCGGCAGCACGUGACGGGAGUGGCUGGCCCUCAAGGCCGACCCACUGUGUUACUCUUUGGAGCAUAUAGUGUUGCCAGUCCCCAGACGACGGUCCACCCAGGGUCAGUUGGUCCACCCGGGACCUUAUAGCCACACUGUGCCCCCAGACGUGGACCCACGAUGUCCGGCGCGGGUGACAGGCGAGGGUGGGUGGUGGUGGGCCUGUCCGGGGUGACGCGAGGGGGCAAGAGCACGCUGGCCUUGAAGCUGGUGUCGUCCCUGCCCACCACCACCGCCUACCUUAGCCAGGACGAGUACAUCCUCCCCAACCACAACCCCGCCCACCCCGCCGCGCCCCCGCCCAUGGUUGGCAUCAACAAAGAGACGCUGGCCAGCGUUGACAUGACCCGUAUGCUGGGCGACCUGCGGCGCGUUCUGGCCACGCCCCCGCACGACCUGGCGCUGGCUGACCCUUGCCAGCUGUUGGACAGGAGUCAAGUGGUGGGCUGCGCCCUGCAGGAGCCCCGGCCUCCCAUCAGGGGCUGCGCACGGGAUUCAGGGCUGCCUGGGGUGCUGGUGCUGGACGGGCAUCACCUCUUCGGCCACCCCGAGGUGCCGCCGCUGUGUCACCUCCGCUACUUCCUCACCCUGACGCGGGAGCAGUGCCAGGCCAGGGGCAAACAGAGGAAGGCCACCUCAUCCUUCCUCACCUCGCCCCUCUACUUCGAUCUUUGUAUUUGGCCACAGUACGAGGAGCACCUGGCGGCCGUCCGUGGCGGUGUGGGCGGCGAGGUUCGCAUGUUGGAGGGCGCCACGCCCACGGACAGCCUCGCCGCGAUGGUAGAGGGCGAGCUGCGGCCGCUGCUGGGGCUGGCCGGGGCCGCGCCGGAAAGCUGCUGAGUAUAUCUUCUCUAGACUCCUUGGUGCUGAGUGUCUUGUAUCCAAACGUCUGUGGGACCAGGAUCGAGAGGCACUUUCGUUGUGCCAAAUAUGUAUUACGUAUUGUUUUAAUAUAAUAUUUUAUGAAAUGCUA